AUCUCUGUCGGUUGACAAGCCUAGCUAGCUAGUAAAGGCCUCACUUCUUCCGAUUGAGUCGCCCCAGUCCAGUCUCCACAUUUCCUUCAGCUGGAUCGUUCCCUUCCCUCGCUUUUACGAGGCACACACACGCUUGCGCGCCGUACCUACUACGCUCCGCGCCUACGAUUCCUAAGGCGGCUAUUUCCUGGGCCCCAAGGGAGGCAUUUGUACCUCUGCUCCGCGGCUUGCGAAGUCUCACCCAUUCUAUAUCCAGUCUAUCUAACUCCGCUUCGCCCAAGCCAGGACGCAAUUAAUCCGAUCAGUCAAGUCGACUGAAGCAGCGUAGUUCCUUGCGCAGGUGUUUCAUCCGAACCGUCACUUAGACUGAAGUACAGAUACUAAUCGUUGUACCCUUUAGUGCAAAAUCGUGACACUCGCUAUAAGCAGCAUGACAAUGACCACCGCGACGCGCCGCAGUUUUAGCCCGUCGUCCCUUCGAAAGCGAUCCUUCACGUGCCACGUCAUCACUCUCCUCGCUUGCGUCAGCUCCGUUCUCGCCAUUACCCACGCCUCCCCUUUCCCUUCCCUUCCCGUCGCAACGCGCAAUCAAAUACUAGCCCCAGACGCUUCUUCCGCGUAUCCCGGCGCGCUUCACGGCGGAUUCCGCGGCGAGGGCAGAUUCCGCGAGAUUCUGCCCAAGGCGCCGCACUUGCACCGGCGCGCGGACCUUAGUCUGAAGUUUAACUACACCAACAUGUAUAUGUUCUGCUACCGCGAGUCCUAUGCGCGCAUGCCUUCACAGGCCUGCCGGAAAACGUUCCGCGGAAUCGGACCGAUGUGUUUGCGCAGCUGCCCGGCGUUCGGCGGGAAGUGGGUGAAUUGCGCCUAUGGCUGCUCCCCCAGCACCAAGAUGUGCAUCAAGACGCUCUGGAAGCAGGCUAGCGCAGUAACGUUUCUGACGUACAAGGUCAAGCUACCAGCAGUCGACCCCUUUAUCGACCCCGCCUUCUCUGUAGCAGAGAAGUUGUCAGCAUUUUGGAAAAAGAUCUUCCCACCAGCGUUAGCACGCCUAAAAAAGCGUUCCGAUUUCAAAGCCAUCGUCCAAAAAACGAUAACCAGCCGUGCUCUCAACGCCCUAUUCAUCGCUAGCUACGCCAAGCCGGCUCAGGGGAACGAUCGCAGCACGGUGACAUUUGUGGAUCCUAAAACCGAGGAUAAGGCAGCAGAAUUGGCAGAAUACAAGCAGUCCCACUAUGUGCUUUCGGAGCAUGCGCUGAAGACGGGGAAAGGGUUGGUUGGGACGCUGGGAUUCUUGGAUUUCACGAUUAAUCUGGAGGAUGCUGCGAAGUUUGAUCCAACGGGGGCCGUUGAUUUCAUGCUACAGUUCGGCCAUCUGCCAUGUGGGAAAGUGAACUGUAUCAAGUGUUACACUGUCAGUGCACAGGCGUGCACCAUGGCAGGAUCCUGUGUCAAUGGCAAGUGUGGCGCUGCGGCAGUUCAGGCGGACGGCGCUACCUGCACUGACUUUGGCAAUGGAGGGAAUUCCUAUGCAGGAACCUGCUCCAGUGGCGUCUGUGCCAGCAGCGUUGUUGCCUCCUACUACAUGAAGAAGCAGCAGACGUCGAUGUGGAUACCAGAGGGCUACGAAGAUCCGAGCACCAAUCUGACCAUCAGCCCCACAGUGUAUACGACAUCUGAAAAGGAGUACCUGGACACUAGCCUGCAGUUUUGGGAUGUUCUGGCUUCACAGUCUGGCUCUUGCUCCUUCAACAAUGGUGGCUGUGGCUCAUUCAUCUGCAAAGUCAACAAGGAAAAGAACAGCUCAAGCUGCAUCAACCCACGUGACCAUGGCUUUGCCCCAGCACCCAUGGCCACCAAUUUUCCAUCCGGCGAGACGCUGGAGUAUCAAUACCCUGUCAAGCCCCUGGACUGUUUGUCACUCUGCAAAAUCAACAGCAAGUGUGUCCUUGCUGUGACAACCUGGGGUAAUGAGUGCUGGCUCAAGGCCAGCAUUGGUGAUCCCGCCCACGCAGAGACAUAUCAAGCCUUCAAGCAGCUGUAACUGGGGGAAGGCUUGCAUGCAUGCAUGGCUUUUGUGGUUUCAGUGAUACACUUCAUCCUAUUGAGGACUGACCAGGGGCAGGUACACUCCUUGUGUCACAUGUCUCUGGCCGGCCUCCCGUAGUAACAACCGCACACACUGCAUUGAUGUACUCUAUAUUUAGAAUAUUGCUGUGUAUACAAAAUCCUUGCCAACUAC